GGCAGGAGGUGAAUGAGUCAUCCACUUUACUAGUUGUGAAAUGUGACUCACCUUAUCGGAGAGGGAGCAGGUGAGUUUUCUUUAGAUUCUCUUUGUUUUGUUGGGAUUUUUUUCAUUUGAAUUGAAGUGAUUUUGGAGAAAUUAAGGUGAUGGCUUGAUUGUGGAAUCUAGUUAUUCGAGUCCGGGUGCGCGGUUGUUACGUUUGCAUCACUGUAUUUAAUUUUUAUUUUCGGUUUAUGCCGUUGUUUGGUUGCUGAGAAACUGCAGAAAACAUUGAUUUGAGUCUUAAAAUUUUCCUCCGGCUUCCCAGCUGUCAAACGGAUAAUUAGCGAAGAUUCACGUGUUUACUGUUUCUUUAAUCAGUUGAUGUUUGUGCAUUUUCUUUUAAAAACAAAUUAUUUCCUCCUUUGGAAUUUAAUGGGUCUCCUGUAAAUGCACUUAUUGUGUUUGUUGUUUUUUGCUCAAUUAUGUACUGACUUUCAUGGGGGGAUUGAGAACUCAGUUUCUAAAGGAUCUUGGGUUGCUCAAGUCGGCACGGUUAAAGUUGUCAAUUGAUUUGCAGGAUAGAAGAAGUGGUGGUAGAGCAACCAUGGAUCGUCUCAGCAGUCCUGCACGUCUCAUGAUUGUUUCGGAUCUUGACCAGACAAUGGUUGAUCAUCAUGAUUCUGAAAACCUCUCACUGCUUAGGUUCAACGCCUUGUGGGAAACUAACUACCGUCAUGAUUCUCUGCUAGUUUUCUCAACUGGGAGGUCUCCUACACUUUACAAGAAGUUGAGGAAAAAGAAACCAAUGUUAACCCCAGAUGUAACCAUAAUGUCUGUGGGAACUGAGAUAACAUAUGGUAAAUCAAUGGUGCCGGAUGAUGGGUGGAUUGAAUUCCUGAAUAAAAAAUGGGACAAGAAUAUAGUCACAGAGGAAACAAGCAAGUUUUCUGAACUUACUCUGCAGUCAGAAACAGAGCAACGACCGCACAAAGUUAGCUUUUACGUUGAGAAGGAUAAGGCUCAGGAAAUUAUGAAGGUUCUUUCAGAGCGUCUAGAGAAACGCGGGUUGGAUGUUAAAAUAAUUUACAGUGGGGGGAUGUAUUUGGAUGUGCUACCUCAAGGUGCUGGCAAAGGGCAAGCGCUUGCAUAUUUGCUGAGAAAGUUAAAGGCUGAGGGAAAAUUACCCACCAACACUUUAGCUUGUGGUGACUCUGGAAAUGAUGCUGAGCUAUUCAGUAUUUCUGAAGUGUAUGGUGUUAUGGUUAGCAAUGCCCAGGAAGAAUUGUUGCAAUGGCAUGCUGAAAAUGCUAAAAAUAACCCCCACAUAGUCCAUGCAACUGAGAGGUGUGCAGCGGGGAUCAUACAAGCUAUAGGUCAUUUUAGCUUAGGCCCAAACAUUUCUCCAAGAGAUGUUGCAGACUUAUCAGAAUUCCAUCUUGAAAAUAUCAAUCCUGGCAGUGAGUUAGUGGAGUUUUACUUGUUAUACGAGAGAUGGAGGCGUGCAGAAAUUGAGAGCUGUGAGAUGUAUAUGGCACAUCUGAGAUCAGUUUGUGAUCCAUCUGGUGUUUUUGUCCAUCCAUCUGGUGUUGAGCUAUCCCUUCAUGACUGCAUUAAUGCAAUGAAAAAGUGCUAUGGAGACAAAGAGGGAAAACCGUUUCGUGUGUGGGUGGAUCGGGUUUUACCUACACAGAUUGGUUCAGACACAUGGCUUGUGAAGUUUGACAAAUGGGAGUCAUCUGGUGAAGAGAAGUAUUGUUGCGUGACGACGGCAAUUUUAACUUCAAAGGAUGCUGGUGCUUUAAGUAGCUUCAUUUUGAUGCACAUGCAUCAGACAUGUUUGGAUGGAUCCAAUGCAAAAGACCAAACCGCCUGGCUCCUCUAAUUGUGCCUGCAGCUUGAUAUGAGAUCCCCUCAACCCCCAUAGCAUUUCAUCUUUCAGAAUAAAAUUAAAAUCACUUUAGAUUAUUUUCUUCACAGUUCAUAUAUUUCAACCAGCUUUGAACUGGUUGAUUAGGCGGGAUGAGGCCACUGAGCCAUCCCUUGUACUCUGCUGUAUGACUUCAAAAUUUUCAUAAGUAUGUUUAAGGACAUAAAGUGUAAUUCAUGAUGUACUUUGCUUUUU